AUGGAAGUUAUCGCGAAAUCAGCAAGAAAUGGCAUGUGUGAAGCAACAAUAGUGGAAAUCCACGGCUCUUCCCGUAUAAAAUUCAUACGACAAGGGCCACCGUUCACACCAAGAUACGAAAUUGUUUCAAAACCUCAUAGCUUCUACCCAACACAGGUGGUACGAAUUGACUGUGAAAAGUGCAAAGUUGCCGAAAUCGAAGACCUAGAGACUAAGUUUGUUGUUAAAUUCCCGGAUGAGAUAAGAAAAGUAUCAGCCAGGGAAAUGUCGCUCCGGAAACCAACAAUCAGAAACGAAAAGAAAGAGAGAAAAGCAGCCGAAAGAAGUGCACGUGCUGCAAGAAGAAAUCUUCAGGAUCUCCAGAAAAACUUGUGA